GCCGCGUGCGAGCGGGGGAGCGUGGGACGCCAUGGCCGAGCGGCUGUCGGAGGAGCAGAUCGCUGAAUUCAAGGAGGCUUUUUCCCUUUUCGAUCGCGACGGCGAUGGCUGCAUCACCACGAAGGAGCUGGGCACCGUCAUGCGCUCGCUGGGGCAGAACCCCACCGAGGCGGAGCUGCAGGACAUGGUGGGAGAGGUGGACGCUGACGGCAGCGGCACCAUUGAUUUCCCCGAGUUCCUCUCAUUGAUGGCGAGGAAGAUGAGGGACUCGGACAGCGAGGAGGAGAUCCGCGAAGCUUUCCGUGUCUUCGACAAGGACGGUAACGGCUACAUCAGCGCGGCGGAGCUGCGGCACGUCAUGACCAACCUGGGCGAGAAGCUGACGGACGAGGAGGUGGACGAGAUGAUCAAGGAGGCAGAUUGCAACAACGACGGGCAGGUCAACUACGAGGAGUUUGUGAGGAUGAUGACGGAGAAGUGACCUUCAUUCCCGGCCCACAGGGAAAACAGAGGCCACGGCUGCCCCCCAGCCCCUCCAUCCCCUUCUGCCUUCUCUCUGCCAUCCUGGGCUGAAAAAUGAUCUCUUAUCCCAACGGGAGCAUCGCCAACCUACGUCUAUGUUGGAUGCAGGCAUUCCACCCCAGCAGGACAGGGCUUGGGUCAUGACAGCUUGGGAUGAUGACAGACACUGGGGGGGACCCUCCUGCUUCCACCCUCGAGUUGUACCUCUUGUGUUCAUAGAGGUGACAGCGGUCAUUGAGCAUCCACAAGAAACGUGCCGAGUCCAAUAAAAUGUCCCCCCAUGUCUACCAGUGCUACCUUCUGCUUCUCUUUGGGACCACUACUAAGAAACCCCCCCUAAAAAGACACUACCCUGAUGGGAUGACAGGGCUGGGGACGAGACCUGACUUACCCCCAUCCCUCUUCUCCCCAUUUUUUCACCCCAGGGCUGCUCAGCACUCAGUUCCUGGGCUGUGGCCCUCCCCCUCCCAAAAUACCACCCCUUUUGGAAUCUGUUGGCUGCAAUCUCUGGCUUCUCCCAAAGGAAGGGCAUUGAGGGCUCUUUUAUCUCUCUCCCCUCCCAAGAGGAGGGCUGGUAGAUCCCUCUCUUAAACAAGGCAGAACAGAAUUACCAUAGUCCACCCCGCAGUGUUCCCUUGACUCAGUUUCCCCACAAAGCAGGUGAAACCCCACUGCAGCAACUCUCCCACCCUGGGGCUGGGAGGAUUUCCUUUCUCAGUAUGGAGGAUUUGUAAAGAGAAUCAAUUUCAGUGAGUCUUAUCAAUGCUCCAUCACUACCAAGCAAGCAGAGCAACGGUGUGAGCAGGGCAUAACCAUUCCGAGUGGGAAAUCGCAGUUCUGGGGAUGUACGACCCACAUGAGGGUCUCAACUUUUUGGCAACCCCAAAUGUUUUCCCAACAUUGGGAAAAGCAGACGGGAAUCUGCAUGCUGGGAUGGCUAUGGCAGCGCUGAGCACACCCACGCUCACUCCACCCCGACCCAACAGCACCAACAUUGGCGCUUUCACCACGCGCUCCCCUCUUGCUCACACACACAGCCCUGCAGAAAACACUAAAAGGGGAAAAAUCAACGCCCUCCCCCCCCCCCCCCAAAAAAAAACAACUAAUCCAGCACCAUCAAGAUAAGCCAAGGGGUCACACCAGGCUGUUGUAUCCAAGGGCCUAAAAUUAGACCUUCCCGAAAAUGUGAUUAUUUAUGAAUGUGAUGCUUCAGAGGCAAAACAGUGUGCUGUAUUUUUAGGGCUGACCUUUUCUCCUUCUAUUCCGGGGUUGUUUAAUUACUGGCGCGUUUUCACGCUGAUGAUCCUGAUCUGCUUUUCUUAAUGAUAGCCUUUAAUGGGCGGAUGGGCCACAGCCAGGAACGUUGGCCCCGCAUCCUCGUCGUCAA